AUGACGUCCUACGCACUCCAAGUACCAAGCGAAUAUGGCUACGUCCUAACCGUCGCCGCCUCAUCGUUCUUCAUCAACACCCUCCACAUGGCGCUAUCGGCUAAGGCGCGCAAGCAGAGCGGCCUAACCUAUCCGAUCCCCUAUGCGAGCCAGGAGCAAGCCGCCAAGGACCCCAAUGCCUACAAGUUCAACUGUGCUCAGCGCGCCCACGGCAACUUCACCGAGAACCUAGCACCCUUCCUCGGCGCCCUGCUCAUCUCCGGUCUCUGGUUCCCAACUGCGAGCGCCGCUCUUGGCGCCGGCUGGGUCAUCGGACGUACGUGGUACGCUAUAGGUUACACCUUGUACGGUCCCCGGGGCAGAGGCAAGGGUUUCGUUAUCGGCAUCCUAUGCGACACCGCGUUGAAAGUCAUGGCUGUCAUUGCUGGUGUUAAGUUGCUUCCUCAGGCUUAG